AUUAGGAGGCGUGGCUUCAUAGCUUGUUCUAUCCAAUGACUAUGUGCGAGAUGACUUUGGCGGGUACUUCGUGCUGGCGGGAGAUAGCAUUAGCAAGAACAGAGUCGCUAUUCUGUCCCGGCGGGCGCGGCGCAGGGAGCAAGCAGGAUUUUGUGCUGCGGCCAUCGUUAUCAUGCUGUUCCGUUCCCUUGUUCGUCGCUGCCAGGUUGGGUCGCAGGGUCUGCCACCGAGGUUUUCCUUAAAUCAUCUUUUGGAGUGCUAUCAAUGUAUUAAUGAAGAUGAACACUCUUCAUAUGGAGAAAUGGGAAUGCCAGUUCCUCCGUUCGGCUGCGCCUUUUCAACAGCUCCAGAUGUGCAGCAUGUACUUGCUGUUGCAAAUGAAGAAGGAUUUGUCAGGCUGUAUGAUACCCAUACACAGAAAAGUAACAAGCAGUUUUUUAGAGAGUGGCAGGCUCACUCAAAUGCUGUUUUUGAUCUUUCCUGGAUGCCUGGUGAACACAAAAUUGUUACUGCUUCAGGAGACCAAACUGCAAAAGUCUGGGAUGUAAGGAGUGGUGAGCUACUGGGAGUGUGCAAAGGACACCAGUGCAGCCUGAAGUCAGUUGCUUUCUCUAAAUUUGAGAGAGCUGUGUUCUGUACUGGAGGAAGAGAUGGGAACAUCAUGGUCUGGGACACUCGAUGUAAUAAGAAAGAUGGAUUUUACAGACAGGUGAAGCAAAUAAGUGGAGCCCACAAUGUAAUUGACAAGCAGACGCCAUCCAAGCUAAAGAAGAAAAAGCAGAGUGUGAAAGGACUUGCUCCCUCAGUGGAUUUUCAACAGAGUGUGACAGUGGUGCUACUUCAAGAUGAACACACCUUAAUCUCAGCAGGGUCAGUUGAUGGUGUAAUCAAGGUAUGGGACCUGCGCAAGAACUACACCACGUAUCGACAGGAUCCAGUGCCAUCCAGGUCUUUCAGUUACCCUGGGACCAGCACUCGUAAACUUGGUUAUUCUAGUCUUGUUUUGGACUCGAGUGGUACCAGCCUAUUCGCUAAUUGUACUGAUGACAAUAUAUACAUGUUCAGUAUGUCAACUCUGAAGACCGCUCCAGGGUCCAUUUUCAGUGGACAUCAAAACUCCAGUUUCUAUGUCAAAUCUAGCAUCAGCCCAGAUGACCAGUUCUUGAUUAGUGGUUCAAGCGACCAGAAUGCCUACAUCUGGAAGGUGUCUGAGCCACAUCUUCCUCCCAUGAUGCUCCUUGGUCACUUGCAAGAGGUCACUUCUGUUGCCUGGUGUCCAACUGAUUUCACUAAGAUUUCCACAUGUUCAGAUGACAACACUAUCAAGAUUUGGCGCUUAAGGCGAGGGACUGAAGAAGAGAACUGCCUGGACAAAAGCAACUUGGUGGGUUGGGCCUGCCAGAAGAAAGUGGAAGAACAAAAUGGAAUAGGAACUCCAAGCAGCAGAGAGAGUACUCCUGCUAAAGCCCUUCCAGUGGGUACCCCCCUUAUUGCUUCACCGCAGCCUGCAGCUUGUGCUCCACAUUGCUUUGGAGAUCUUCCUCUUCCUUCCAACACACCAACAUCAUCUUUGGUCAAACCCCCAGCCACCCUAGUCUAUGUUCCAGCGAGGCAGAAGGAAGCCACUCGGGGCACUACCUGCAAAUCAGCACUUCCCUCAGCUAUGUCCAUUAAGCAUUGGGUUACCAAGACUCCAAAUGUAUUUUCAUGUGUGAAGGGACCAAAGACACUUUCUCCACUAAAAGCCCCAGCAGAGAUUUCUCAGAUUCUCCCUGAUACCACUUCCAGGUCACCACACUUGAGGCUUGACGUCCGGGCCAAGAGGAGACUAGAAUCCAGCAAGGAAGGAACUGCAAAGUGCCUGAGAAACUGCAACUGUGUGACUGAACUUCACCCAGUGUCUAAAAAAUCCAGGCUGGGACAGAACACUCUGGCAGUUGAUUCAAAGCCUUGUGGGGAAGCCUGCCUGACCCUCAAUGGACAAGCUCAGGCCACACAAAGCCUGGAAGGGCCUCCCCAGCUUGGAAAUACUUGUUUCCCUGCAAACUUCUCCCUUUCUCUCAAGACCUCUUUUGAGAAAACUGCUGACAAGGAGAAUGGUUCUCCUGACAAAAGAAACUGGUUGGCUGCUUUAGGGGACAAGCUACAGAGCAACAAACCGAUGAGUCCAAAUGGAUCUGGCAGUAGCGUUCAGUCAUUGCAGAAUCUGAGCACAAGACGACAGGAGGCCGGGACAGGAAUUGCGUCAUCAGGGCCUAUUGUAGCUACUUCUGUUCCCAUGAGGAAGAUUUGCACCUACUUCGAACGAAAAUCACGAAAAAACUAAAGAGCAGCAUUCUUCUAGACUUUCUACAAUGCUGUAACAUACUUAAUGUUACAGUGAGUGGAUUUGCACCACCCUUGGAAAGACACUUGCCUUCGAACCUUAAUAAAACUAAGAUUUUACAUUCCUGGUUAAUUUUUAAUUUUUUUCCAAAAUCUGUUACCCAUUAUUUCAUUUAAUUAGUUUAGACCCCAGCUAAUGGGGAGAUCUGCUCAGAUAAUGUAAAGGAAUUGAUAAUUUUAAAAUACAAACGAUAGUGGUGUUGUUUUUUUAAAUGUAGCAUUCCUACCAACAUUUUCUCAAAUACUUUAUAUUUUUUCUUUGGAAAUAUGUUUUGCCAUGUCUGGCCUACUGCUUUCAAUCAAAGGAGAUUUCAAGUACAACAUUGGCAUCCUGCCUAUGAUGGCAACGUGGGGUCUUCACCCGCUCUUCUGCCUCCUGUUGAAAGAAACAUCUGUACUUUGCUCUGUAUAGCUUCCCAUUGUUCCAACAGUGUAAAUGCUUAUUUUAUGUAAAUACAAAGUUUCGUAACACUGCAA